AUGAGCGUUGGCCCGCUGAGCGAUGGCACAACAAGCAUUGGCGAGGCGAACAAUGGCCGCAUAGUGACGGGCGGCAGGACGAUCGGCGCGGCUACGACGAUUGUCGGUGCAGAGGCGAGCGCGACUAUUGCAAUCGGCAUGAUGACUGGCACCACGAUCCCAGGCUCGACCAUGGCCGGCGCGACCAGUACCAGCACCAGUGGCAGCCUCAUCAGCACAGCAAUCGCCGGAUGGGCUGGCAGCGCUGACGCACUGCUCGCGCUCUUUGCUGCCCACAGCACGAGCUUGAACCACAUCCACGCUGCGAACCUGUGGAACAAACUGGGCAAGCAGCGCAUCGAGCGGCGGCACGAGGAGCGGCUUGAGCAGCUGGUGCAGCGCACGCUCGACCUGGUUUCUUCGUGCCGAGCACGCGAGCUGGCUAACGUGUCUCACGGCGUUGCAAAGUGCGGCCUGCAAGCAAGGGAGGACCGCCGUCAGCUGCACCAGUGGCAGCUCUGGCUCUCCCUUGAGCGAGGAGCAGACGGGCAGCAGCACCUCCUCUCCGCGUCCCAGCGCAAGCUCUGCUGCGACGCCAUGCAAGGCACUGAAGUUACGAUCUCGCGCUUACAGCGCUCCGUCGCGGCUGCCCUCGCCGCCGUCCAGCACGGCUUCGAGGAGGAGCAUCUCGAGCCGCGCACCGGCUACUCUCUCGACCUGGCGCUGCCCUCGACACGCGUCGGCGUUGAGGUGGACGGCCCGUCUCACUUCUUGCUGCCCGACGGCCGGGGCGUGCGCAGACCCAAUGGGCCAACGCUGCUCAAGCGGCGCCUCCUCACGGCAGCUGGCUGGAGGGUGAUCAGCGUUCCAUUCUACGAAUGGUACGGCUUGAUUGCCAAUGAGCGGCAAGCCUACCUGGAGAGGGCGGUCGCCCCGCUGUGUAGUACUGACGGUAGCAUUGCUUGA